AUGGCUAAGUUGGCAGGUAGUCCCCUCUAUGGAAGCUCAGAGGUAGUCCCCUCUAUGGAAGUCCAGAGCAGCACCACCCUACAGCAAUACAACCCUACAGCAAUACCACCCUACAGCAAUACCACCCUACAGCAAUACCACCCUACAGCAAUACCACCCUACAGCAGCACCACCCUACAGCAAUACCACCCUACAGCAAUACAACCCUACAGCAAUACCACCCUACAGCAAUACCACCCUACAGCAGCACCACCCUACAGCAGCACCGCCCUACAGCAGCACCACCCUACAGCAAUACCACCCUACAGCAAUACAACCCUACAGCAAUACCACCCUACAGCAGCACCACCCUACAGCAAUACCACCCUACAGCAAUACCACCCUACAGCAGCACCACCCUACAGCAGCACCACCCUACAGCAACACCACCCUACAGCAGCACCACCCUACAGCAGCACCACCCUACAGCAAUACCACCCUACAGCAGCACCACCCUACAGCAAUACCACCCUACAGCAGCACCACCCUACAGCAACACCACCCUACAGCAGCACCACCCUACAGCAGCACCACCCUACAGCAAUACCACCCUACAGCAGCACCACCCUACAGCAAUACCACCCUACAGCAAUACCACCCUACAGCAGCACCACCCUACAGCAAUACCACCCUACAGCAGCACCACCCUACAGCAGCACCACCCUACAGCAGCACCACCCUACAGCAGCACCACCCUACAGCAGCACCACCCUACAGCAAUGCCACCCUACAGCAGCACCACCCUACAGCAAUGCCACCCUACAGCAGCACCACCCUACAGCAGCACCACCCUACAGCAGCACCACCCUACAGCAAUACCACCCUACAGCAGCACCACCCUACAGCAGCACCACCCUACAGCAGCACCACCCUACAGCAGCACCACCCUACAGCAGCACCACCCUACAGCAGCACCACCCUACAGCAAUGCCACCCUACAGCAGCACCACCCUACAGCAGCGCCACCCUACAGCAGCACCACCCUACAGCAGCACCACCCUACAGCAGCACCACCCUACAGCAACACCACCCUACAGCAGCACCACCCUACAGCAGCACCACCCUACAGCAACACCACCCUACAGCAGCACCACCCUACAGCAGCACCACCCUACAGCAGCGCCACCCUACAGCAGCACCACCCUACAGGAGCACCACCCUACAGCAGCACCACCCUACAGCAGCACCACCCUACAGCAACACCACCCUACAGCAGCACCACCCUACAGCAAUACCACCCUACAGCAGCACCACCCUACAGCAAUACCACCCUACAGCAACACCACCCUACAGCAGCACCACCCUACAGCAGCACCACCCUACAGCAGCGCCACCCUACAGCAGCACCACCCUACAGCAGCACCGCCCUACAGCAGCACCACCCUACAGCAAUACCACCCUACAGCAAUACAACCCUACAGCAAUACCACCCUACAGCAGCACCACCCUACAGCAAUACCACCCUACAGCAAUACCACCCUACAGCAGCACCACCCUACAGCAGCACCACCCUACAGCAACACCACCCUACAGCAGCACCACCCUACAGCAGCACCACCCUACAGCAAUACCACCCUACAGCAGCACCACCCUACAGCAAUACCACCCUACAGCAGCACCACCCCACCCGCAAAAACCACCCUACAAACGCACCACCCUUUCAGCGCACCACCCUACGCCCAAAACCACCCCUACGCAGGGGACCACCCUACAGCAAUACCACCCUACAGCAAUACCACCCUACAGCAGCACCACCCCACGCAAUACCACCCCAACCCGCAGGGACCCCCUCCGCAGCACCACCCUAACAGCGCUUCCCCCCUACAGCAGCAAACCCCCCUUUCAGCACCACCCCUUCCCGCAAUGCCACCCUACAGCACACCACCCUCAGCAAGCCACCCCAACAGCGCACCACCCUACAAACACACCCCCUACAGCAGCACCAACCCCAAAAGCAAAACCGGGCCCCAGCAGCACCCCCCCUACAGGGAGCACCACCCUACGCAGCACCCCCCUAAAAGCAGCACCACCCUACAGAAACACCACCCAACGGGCAGCACCACCAACAGCAAUGCCACCCUACAGCCCGCACCCCCCUAA